AUGCCGAUUGACCACGAUAUUGUACAAGCUCAAGCUGGGAGAAGUGGCACGACCAUUCCGACUAUCGGAUUUAACAUCGUGACGGCAAGAUACAAGAACAUUAGCUGCAAGGCGCAAGGCUUUGGUGGACAGGACAAGAUCCGUCCGCUUUGGCGCCACUACUAUAAGAACACACAGAGACUUAUCUUUGAGGUCGACAUUUACGAUGGAGAUCGUGUGGAUGCUGUCGAGGGCGAGCUGCUCCGCUUGCUGAACGAGUAA